GUGAGACAUAUGCAAGAGGGUGAAUGGCUGACUUGGCUUGUUGUUCAGCAUAUCAGUGAUGUAGUUAUUUUACACAUGGAGCCACCAAUUCACAUUCUGAUCCAGUCCAUUCAUGCAUCUCCAGCAGCCUCAGCGUUACUUAUUCAAGCUAUACAUGCACGUUGUGAUCAUGUCCAGAAAGCUGAAUAUGGGGGCCAUAUAAUAUCAUUAGUCUCAGGUGUCCACAUUUCACAGUCUGGGGCUCUAAUCACCUUCUUGGUAGAACGGCUCUUGGCUUCCUCAUAUUUAGUUGUAACUCGUGCUGCAUGUGCUCUAGCUACUCGCCGUUUACAAUUGUUGCUGGCCAUGCCACCUGGUCAGGUGGCGCUCCAGCUACCAUUAGAGGAUAUGUCAAAGGUCCUUAAUUACAUUAAGGAAAAUAAACUGGAAAAAAGGUAUGGGCAGCUGCAUGGCUUACUACAAAGGUUGAUGGGACAAGUUCAUGGAGUUACUGUCCCGCAAGGAAAUGAAACUUCUCAGCCAAGCUUAUCCCACACGUCUGUCACUACGUCAACACGUUUAGAUCUGAACUGGUACCUGGCUCUUGUAAGAAAUAGAUGUACUCAUGGUGAAGGAGGUGGUUUAGAAUGUAGCCAGUUGUUAAGUCAAUUGGAAUAUUCUGAGAUCAUCAAUGUCAUGUCUGGAAAGUCUUUCAACACUGCACUCCUUACUUACACCCUAAGGCUAGGACUGUCCACGACUUUGCAGGCUAACAGAGACUGGGGUGAAUGUAACAGUUCUGUUGAAACAGGUGAUAGUGAAGAAGGAAGCAGUGGAAGUGGAACAGGUGAAGUACCAUUGUACACAGCCAGCAAAGUCAUUCUACUUCAGCAUUUGGCCCGGUUGUCAGGUUCUCUACCGAGGCCUCAUCAUAUUUUCACACCAGGUGGUGGGAACAAGUACAGUGAGCGAGUUUGCAAACUUCUUUCUGGAGAUGAUGGUAUAGGCAAUGUAGUUGACACUCUGGCUCCAGCAGUUGUUGAGUAUCUCACAGCUAUGUCUAGGUUACCGUGGGGUGGUCAAGUUCUGCCUGAAAGUUCUGAGCACAUACUUCGUUUUUCUCUGUUAGCUAUGGAGUACCUUCACUGGCAAGUCUGGUUAGGGAGUGUAAGCAUAGAUGUAGCAAGUUUAUGCUUAAACUGUGUGGACUCUGUCUUACGCUGCAGCACUCUCUCAGGGCUCCUUGGUCUCUCUGACCGAGUAUCAUACGUAUGCUCCAUGAUAGCUGCUCUCCAUGCUUCUGCAUCUUAUUUAAUCAAACCAAGGGCACUCCCAAGCCUUCCUUCAGGCCUCACUCAGUGUUUAAAUGGUGGGGAAAGCAGUCCAUUGGUGGCUUGCAAAAGACUAAUGCAACUAAUUGUCUGGUUGGAGGCUGGUAACUUGCGAGAUUUGCCAUUAUGCAUUGCUCAUCCUAUAAGAGGCAUUGUUAUGGGUUUAGGUCGAAUGCCUGUGGUCAAUAGUAUUGUAAGAAUACCUCCAGAUAUGUGGACGUUAGGUUGGACACCUCAGUUCACAGGUGAUCAUGGUACAAAUUUACCUCCAAUUCCAGUGGAACUUCUUCAAGAGACUGAUGUUCUUAAGCAGUUCAUAUUCAGGAUGGAGCUCUUUGGUUGGAUUGGUCGACAACAGUUUGAAGAAACAUGGAUGGCACUUUUGUCUGUUUUAAAUGCUACACCAAAUGAAAAUACUCCAUCUGCAGAACUUCCAUUUAUCAAUUUGAGUUUAUCACUUGCUGUACGAGGUAUUACUGCACUGUUGAUUCAGACUCUUCUUUUGCCAAUGCCGGGUAAUCCUCACAGUGGACAUUUGCUUUGUCUUCCAAGGGAUAAACCACCUCAUUAUCUCACAUCAAAAUCUGGGAAAAAACUGCAGGAGAUAAUGUCACGACUGCAUGAAAAAUUGAGAGAGGUUCACCAUCUUAUCAAAGGAGGGCCAAAACAAGCUCCAUCGUACCAGCUUGGCCAAGUUUCUGUGGAAUACCUGGUGACUGCCCUCAACAGCCAUGCAGAACCUCCAGAGUCACCGGAGACAAUUCUACAUACAGGAUGCUAUGAAUUUGAAGUUCGAGAACGACAACUUGCUAGUUGUGGGCUGGAUGUACAUUCGUGUCUUCAUUUUCUCCACUAUCUUUAUUCUUCUUGGUUGAGACCACAGAGUGGUUUGUGUGCUUCUGUUGUUGCUGAAGUGGUUAAAUCAGUCAGUUGUUUGUGUGAUCUGUUUUGUUCAAGUGCACAUCACCGUUGGGUUCUUGAAGCUCUAAUACCCCUACAUACAGUUCAUCCAAUUGAAGACCAUAUAACUCAACAGUAUAUCAUCUUAGCAACUUGUAAAGCCUUAGCAACUUUAAAGUUGGCUAAACAGGAGGUCAGUUCAUCCCUCAGUGAAGGUGUUGUACACAUUGUUGAAAGUGGUCUUAAGAGUGGGCAGGUCUGUGUGCGUAUGUGUGCUGUUCAGGGCCUCCUUUAUCUGUUGCAGGGGCCUCCUGAGGAAAGCCCACCCCUGAUUAUACUAGCUGCUAACUAUAUACUAAAAUACAACGAUGGGAAAAGUGUAGAAUCUGAGAGCCAUGAAGUUGCUGUUUGGGACUUAUGGGUGUAUCUUGUUGAACAUUAUGAAACAUUACCUGAUCCCACACUGCCUUCUACAGCACUACACAUGGCUUUGUCUACUGCAGCAACAUCCUCUACAACUCCUCGUCUACUCCACCAAGUCUUAAGGGGUGUUGAAAGACUAGUAUUAGUUCAGCAGUUGUCAAGUAAUACUGUUGAAGUCAUUUUUAAAUUGGUUAUGGAUUUGGUGUUGAACUGUUCACCCUCAACAUCUUUAGCAGCUCUUCCAUUGUUUAUCACAGCACUGUAUGCUAAUGUAAGGAACACCUCAUCUCUCAUACAUGAUAUAGGAGGGGAUGAUAAGUCCUCUGACCCAGAAACACUCCUCCUUGUGAUGGAAAAACUUUCUGUUUUCUUUGAUCGGAUCAGGGUUGGUUACCCACAUGAAGCGGGUGUUAUUGCUGGAUUGCUUGGCCCCUGUUUGUUGGAUGUUCUUCCUGCUAGUCAGAUUUUAAAUAAAGUAAUUACAGAAUAUAUAUCCAGUCAUCAACCUCAUCCUCAUCUCUUGGCUUCUACUUUGUUUCAAGUGUUCGAAGGAGCCAUAAGUGAGAGUGGUGAGGGGUUAGUCCAAGAAUGGGUUCUUCUGUCUCUUAGCAACUUCACUCAACGCAGUCCCAUUUCACUUGCUGUUUGGUGCUUAACCUGCUUUUUCAUAGCAGCAUCUAGUAAUAGAUGGCUCAGAGCAGCAUUUCCUUCUGUUCAGGCCCGUCUAGGAAAGCUGGAUACACGAGACAUUCAGAUAUUCUGCUUGUCUGCUUCCCAUUUCCGUCAGAGUUUAGCUACCCAGGACCAAAAGGACAAAUUUGAAGCAGUGUUUCAAGCAGUUGCUACUCCUGGCUCACCGUAUCAAGAAUUAUUAGAUUGUAUAAAAGAGUAAGACAAAUUAGAUUUUUCUCCUUUUACACUUACAGAGGACUUAGGUGUUGGGAGUGAAUACCCUGAUUUUGUAGUAUUCAAGUUUUUCUAGAUAUGGCUCUAGUGGGUGAUCAGUAGUGUCUGUACAGUACUCUAAUAUUACAAAUUAGAAUCUCCUAUUCAGUGCACUGUAGCCCCAUGUUGCCAGGAUGGAUAUAAAAUGAAUUUUUAAUUGUGUAUGAUUGUUUAUUAUAAUUUGUAAAGUUUUGUAACCUUUAUGUAUAGGUGUAUAUAUAUUCAUACAUUAUACAUAUUCUUUGGAAUAAUUUGUUUCAAUUAACAAAUAGUAUUCAGUUUUUCCUUAAGACAUGAUUAAAUAGUAUUUACUAAAUAACAAAUUAAUUUAUAUAUCCUUUGGUCCUAAUAAAAGAAUUAUUCAUAAGUUAACACAUUAUAGGUUAACAGCCAAUCUGGAUAUUAUUUAAAUGAUUUAUGUUGGAAUAGUCCAUAUUUGCUUUGCUUGGCUGUGAUAUAUAGUAGGUUGUAUGUGAGAGGUGUACCGAUGUAAGAGAUUGUCAGAGAUUAAGGUUAUUCUUUAUUAUGAAGAGAACAUUAAUUGUAAAGCUUAUUACUGUGUAUCUAUGAAGCAACCAUUGUAAGUUUGUAUUUUGUAUAUAUGUAUAUGAAACUUUCUCUGUUCAGUCAUUAUGUUAACCUUGAUUUAUGUCAUGCUGCAUAAUCCCUAUUGCGUAUUGUAAAGGAAUUUUGAGGUUGGUCACUUGUUAUGCAUAGUAACAUUAAGAGCUUGACCUUCAAGCUUUAUGUUUUAGGAGUAUCCUGUCUCAUUUCUUUUCUUGUCAAAUUAAUAGAGUAGAAUUCAGAUUGUCUGUUUAUACCAUUCCAUCAGCUCUUGAAGCCUUCUUAUUAGGCUAAUCAACCCAAUGAUAUAGUUAUGUUCAUAAAUUUUAUUUUCUUUUGUGUGUAUAUCUUAAAUAGUUUUGUAUUCUCAGUUGAUAUAAUUGAGUGCAAGGGCUGUAAUGAAGGUAGGGACUGGUUUCAACUCAUAUUAUCACAUACAUUUGAACAAACUGUGAUGUGUUUUCUAGUAGUAUGUGUCUACCGGAUAUUGCUUCAGAGAACAGGGUUCCAGUGAGAUUUAGAGUUCUUUUGCUGUAAAAUUAGUUGUUCCGACACGGCAUACAAACCUUCGGUCCUUUUACAAUAGGAAGGUACUAGCGGCAGCUGGAUAGGUCGUAAGCUUUCG